UCAUUAUGUGUGUUUACAAGCAAUAGUACUGUUGUAGUGAAUGGAGAAGUAUAGCAGACCAAACAUGGAUCUACGCUUUCGUUAAUUAAUCUACUAGACAACCAAAUAAUUAGAAAUGUACUAGACAGUUUUGUUCGAAAUGAAUUUGGUUACCAGAUCUUGUGUAAACACUUCCCUAGGUAUUAUUUGCUACCAUUGAGAUGUGCUAAAUUUGUGUGUUGAAGUCAGUAUUAGUCUUUAUAAAACAAUGGCAUAAACCACAAGUGGAUUACAAAAGAAUUUAAAUAUAAACAUGUUAAGAUUACAUUGGCAGCGAUUCUCAUUUAGAAAAGUGGCAUAUUCUGUUCUUGGAAUUUACCUGCUAAUAACAUGCUAUACUGGUUUUCAUUUGUUAAACCGAAAACUGCAAAGUGAUAUGAAGGAAAGGUUGAUUCAAGAAAGGAUAAAAAGCUUGUCAGAGAUCGCAGACGACCCGGACUGGAACCCGUGGGGUGAAGAGUUCGAAUCCGAACUCCAGCCCCAGCUCCACCACAACCCUCCAGAACUCUGGCAGGAUGGCCCGCUCACCAUGGCCUUGAACCAGCACCGCAGCGUCAAGGAAGAUUGGCAAGGUGAAGGUCACGAGGGUUAUAAACCGUCGGGGAAGCGAUCACCACUAGAACGGCAGGAGACCAACACGAGUGUACACUCGGUGGAAAUCUGGAGCAAAGCCGCCAUUGGUCUCUACCUGUGGGAGCACGUACUGACUGGAACUCUGGAGAAUCGCAUGAACGGUGUCUGGAGCUACGGCCACAAGACGAUUGGUUCCAUCCACUUCAGGUUCCGCACAGGUCCAGGUCUGGUGCCAGACAAAGUUCCCAGGGACACGGAGAACGUGCUGCUGGUUCUCAACGGCCGUGAGCCGGCCAAGGUGUCCAGCAGCCGGCUGUGGCUGGACCUCUUGACCACCCUGCCACGGCUCCACGGCGCCGGGGCCGUUCUGCUGGGGGAUGAGGGCUGCGACAACUCCUGGAUCCAGCCCUACAUGAGCUACAGGGGCGGGCCGCUCAAGUUCGUCUUCCUGGUCUACGACAGUCCAGAGGUGGACAAUGUCCAUUUCUUCCAGUGGCCCCUGGGAGUGGCAACCUACAGAGAUUUCCCCACCAUAGAGAGCACUGACCUGCCCCUCCACAACAAAAGAAAAUAUCUCUUCAACUUCCUGGGCACCAUCUACAAGAACUCGUCUAGAGAGCACCUGCUGUCUGCCAUCAAUGGGAGCAGCUACAGGAACCUCGGCUACGUCCAGGCUAGGAUGGAGUGGCUGCCCCAAGAGACUGAUGAAACCCGCACUGAAUACAUCCAGGUCCUGUCCAACAGUGACCUGACCUUGAACCCUGCAGGCAUCAACACCGAGUGCUAUCGCAUCUACGAGUCCAUGGCCUUGGGAUCUGUUCCAGUUCUGGAGGACGUCAUGACACCUGGCAGGUGUGGUCAUGUGACCGCAGGUGUCAGUAGCUUAUCUGGAGCGCCAGGUAAAGCGAGAAAAAUAUUCCCUGCCCCUCUGAGACUCCUGAAAGAGUUUGAGGCCCCUGUGCUGUAUGUCAAGAACUGGACCACUGACCUGGGCCCACUGCUCCAGCGCGAGGCCUCACUGAGUGACCUUGACCGCAGCAAGCGGAGAGAAGAACUGGUGCACUGGUACAGCCAGUUUAGGUCAUCCAUGAGGGACAGGCUGGUCAGUGUUAUAUCAGACAAGUUUUUUAGUCCAGCUCUAAGGUAGCAUCUGCUGGUGGAUUAUCUCACUACAGGUGGAUUAUCUCACUACAGGUGGAUUAUCUCACUACAGGUGGAUUAUCUCACUACAGGCUGGUCAGUGUUAUAUCACACAAGUUUUUUAGCCCAGCUCUAAGGUAGCAUCUGCUGGUGGAUUAUCUCACUACAGGUGGAUUCAUUAUCUCACUCCAGGUGGAUUAUCUCACUACAGGUGGAUUCAUUAUCUCACUACAGGUGGAUUAUCUCACUACAGGUGGAUUCAUUAUCUCACUACAGGUGGAUUAUCUCACUACAUGUGGAUUCAUUAUCUCACUCCAGGUGGAUUCAUUAUCUCAUGCUAUCAACAGCCGGAUUAUUUCACUGCAUCCACAGGUGAAUAAAUCAUUAUCAGAUGGACUUCCAUGAAAUAAUUAUCUCCCCCCACACAGAUACAUGAACCAAUUAUUUAUUGAAACAGUUCUAUAAGUGUACAUGUAAACACAUGUUGAAUGGAGUCACCUUGCUGGUCAGUCUAAUUUUGGAGGCUUCCAUAAAUAGUCAAAUAAGUUGAUGGGAAUGGGGAGAGAUUGUGCAUUUUUAAACAUUAAAUUAUAUUUUUAAAAUCAAAUCAAAAGAUAAAAUGCUGAUUUUC